CUCUCUCUCGCUCUCUCGCGAGCCCACACACACACACAUACACACAGACAGACAGGCUGUUUAGUCGAUUGGGUGGUGCUGCUUGAGGCCUUCGAAGUCAUAGAGGGACUGCAGGUCGAGGCCAUUGCACCCCUGCACGCACACACACACACACACCACAUCAAUAUGCGUGUGCGUCACCCACCGCCUGGCGCCCAGCCACCUGUAUGUCUUCGAGUUUCUUCAUGAAGGCCUGGCACACGUCGGGCGCCAUGGCGAUCUCACCCAGCAUCAGAAACUGACACAGACACGCAACCGGCAGGUGUGUGUGUCUGUGUGGAUGCGCCGCUCUCUCUCUCUCUCUGUGUAUGUGUGUGUGUGUGUGUUGGCCUGCCUUGUGCUGGAGAAUUCUGCUGAGGUCCGCCGAGCUAUUUCGCGCGUGGCCGCUCGGAAACAUCACCAAACCUGCACACAGACGCAGCCGCAGACAAGAGUGUGUCGACGUCUGUGUGUGUGCGUCAGGGUGCAUACCGCUUGAGAGUUUGUCGUCUUGGUGGUGGAUGUCGAUUGACGUGGGUAUGCCCUCGGGGUACUUGCUGUCGUACUCAGCGCCGCCGUGCUCGAAGACGAUCUUGCUCAUCAGCGACCUGCAGGCAUCGCGCACAAAUGCAGCUAUUGGUUUUCUCUCUGUUUGUCUGUGAGUGUGUUGUGUGCGCCGUGCCCUGCCUGGUUUUGUUAUGUGUGAUGGCGUCUUUGCCGUAGUCAUAAGGGCUCAGCAUCAGAGAGCACCACGCCUGGACUCACACACAUGACAGAAGGACACACACGUGCAUCCCAACACGCAUCGCAUGGGCUGGCGCGGCGCACCUCGUCCAUGCUGGUCGGCAGGCUGCCUUUCUCGAUGGCCUUGCGCAGCAUCGUCGACACGAUGUACACCUGCACACACACACAUGUGGCGGCCUGUGCGUCUAAUUGCAACACCCACCCCCCCCCACCCCCCCCACACACACAGACCAUUGAGUGGUCGGCCGACUGCCUUGUGCGGGGGUCUCGCUUGGCGGGGUCGCCUAUGAUGCCGAAGGCGGGCUCGUAGCUAAACCACAGCCACGCCCAUACACACCCCCACCCACACACACAGAUACACGCAGCCAUGUGUGUGCCUUGCAUGUUUGAGCUCCUCACGCGACGAUUUUGAUCUGUUUGAUGGCCUCUGGGUUCUUGAGGAUGGCGGGGUUGCUCACAAGCGACCGAAUGAGACCCUACACACACGCAUGGCACACAACAGACGUGUGUAUGUGUAUGCGUAUGCGCGUGUGUGCGUUAGUGCCUCUAGUGCGCCGGCCGAUUGGUGCUCGUAAAGGCCGAGCUUGAAGUGCAUCCCCAUGACGGCAAAGUCAUCACCUGAACCCACCAGCACAACAAACGCGUACCUGUGUGUGUCUCUCUCUGUGGGUCGUUUCUCAUAGACGGACCGCUGUGCGAGAGAAUGAGGUUGAACGGCGAGUGGCCGUCGGGCUGCGGCUCAAACUACACACACGUCACACACACAAACACACAUACAGGGGAUGGGCUGAGCUCAUGUGUGUGGACAUCGGUACCCGCCACUCCCACCCAUCUGAAGAUGGCCUCAGGGUUGCGGAAGAUGUCCUUGGGGCCGAUGAAACCCUUCAUCGCUGCACCCACACACACGCGAAUGGUAUCCCCAUGCCGCUGCAGAGUGUGUGUGCACCGACCUCUCUUCAUUGAGAGGACUGCCGCCUCAGUCGAGAUGGCGGCACUCGCGCCCUUAGAGUCGCUGAGACACGGGGAGGUCUCUCUCAGAAUCGCUGUCUCUGUCUGUGUCUGCGUGUGUGUGUGUGUGUACCUGAGCUGUUUGCCCGCCCGUAUGGCGCGCCAGGGGAUGUAGUGCGCCACAGUCAUGCCGAUGGCCGACUCGAUCUGCUCGGCCGACGCACCUGCACACACUCGCACACACACAGGCAGAGUGAGAGAGACACCGCUCACAGAAUCGUGUUGUGUGUACCGACCGAGCAUUGCGCCGUAGACGGCUGCCGACGCAAUGGCGCCGUGGACGACGUGGUCAAUCUUGUAGGUCUUGAGGCUGAACACCUGAACACACACACACACACAUAUGCACACACACAAUGUGCCAGCCACAGGCGUCCACCCCGCACCCACCCGACGCCACGCCGCUUGCAUACCUCUGCAAGUCUGCCGCGUAUCUCAUCGAGGCAUAUCAUGGCACGCAGCGCCUGCCUGCACACACCAACAUAAACACGUGGACAUGUCUGUGUGUGUGGAUGGAUGGAUGGAUGGAUGGAUGGUCUGCUCACUUGCCGUCGAUCUGGGGGUUCAUCUGCGCCGCGGCAAUCACCACGGGGUAGAAGUCGUUGUGGCCGAACUCGCCCGCCUGACACACACGCACAACUAUCUGCCCAUGUCAUGUUGCUAUCGUGUCUGUCAGUCCACCUGGUGGCCUUUGAUCUUCUCGUUAUAGCCGAAGACGGUGCCAUUGGAGUCCCACUCGCGAACCGCAGAGCUGUUGGCCGCUAUUGCCUGACGGAAAUGAUGCAGGAAGGAGUGGAAUAGAACGGAAUCACUCACCACAUGGACACACACACGCACCUUUUCUGGCGCGCAUCGGACAGAGCUGCCGAACACACACGCCCCCUUGCUGAUCGACCAGACACAGACACAUCAGUCGCACCGAUAGACAGACCCACAUAGGGAAUGGUGGAUGCCCCAGAGCUCGGGCAGGGGGGGAUUUCGCACCUGCUUCUGUACUCGUUGAGGGCCUCUUCCCUCAGCAAUGUCGGCGCGUUGGUCUUCAGCGCCAAAGCCGACACUGCACACACACACACCACACACCACACACACUCUCCCUCUCUGUGGAUGUGGUGUGUGUUUGUCUAAGUGUGGAUGGGCUGAGUGCACACCGCACCUCCGCACAUAACGCUGUCUGUGUGGAAGAGCUUCACGCGGUCGUACACCGACGGCGAUAUGUGAUCGCCAUACCUCAACAAACCACACCACCACACACACAGACAGACACGCUCUCAAAUCAGAACACACAUGCAUCCGGCUCUUACUUGCCGCCGAUGACGUCAAUGGCGUACUGCCCAAUGCCCAAGGCCUGGUUGCUGUCCCGCGGCAGAAACACCGACGUCGCAUUGCCGCCGCCUGGAGAUGAAGUCGACAUCAGCCGCACCUGUGCAGACACCAGGGAAUCAUCUGCGCGCAUUCUGCCUUUCUUUGCUGCCUGUGCUGCUGCUGCUACUGCUGCUACUGCUUGCAGAUAGACCAGAUCUGAUGAUCAGACGUUGCUUACACUGACGUAACAGCCUCUCUGCAGCAGCCCGGCGCUCCUCACAAACGAAGAUCUCACAAGCAGCAACCGGCUCAUCGAGCACAAGACGCUCACUCGCCCACCUGAAAAAGGCUCAGACUAGUCGUCG